AUGGCGUCCGAUCAGCUCUUACUCGACCUGUCACAAUAUGAGAAAUUAGACUCUCUCCAAGUAGGACAUCUUCGACACUUCUAUAACCUUGCGCAUCAGCUUGACGGAGAAUGGUAUCUCAUGGGAUCCCCAGAACCCGCACAGGAGUUCCUGGAUGCUUACCGAUACCAGCUGGCAACAAUGGCAUACGCUUCAGCUGUGACCUACUAUCAUCGCACGCCAGCUUUGCGCUCGGCAUUCAAACCGCUGGUCCGGCAGCUCAUUCACAAGAUGCUGCUUCGUGGAUGCUGGGGCUACUGGUUCAGCACUAGCCAUUCUGGUAAAUUCGUGGACCCAUCGAUCACGGAACUACGAAAACCCUGGGCUGAUCCGGUGGUGCGCGAGAACAUCAUGUACAGUGGACAUCUGUUACUGAUGACCAGUCUCUAUGCCAUGCUGUUUGAUGACGACGAGUUUGAGAAACCGGGGUCCCUAGUCUUCGACUGGAACCCAUUGUUCUGGGGAGAACCGCAGAAGUUUACGUACGACAACCGCAGUCUGCAAAAAGCGAUCUUGGUAGAGAUGGAACGGAACAAGUGGGUUGGCGUUUGCUGCGAACCUAACUGCGUUUUUGUGGUCUGCAACCAGUUUCCGUUGAUCGCUAUGAGAUACAAUGAUGUGCGUGAUGGCACGAAUACUGUUGAUGGUGUCAUUCGACAGUACAAGGCCGCGUGGGAAGAAAAGGGGAUGAUACUUGACGAUGGACUAUUUCCCGACUGGUUGAUGAUCAAACAAGAUCAGAUCGUACCAGCAAAAGACUUGGGCUUCACAGCUUGGGCCGGGGCAUUCAUGAGCGCCUGGAACGCGGAGUUGGUCCAGUCCUUGUACCCACGACAGUCGUCUGGUUUCCUCACCAAUAUCGACGGUCAAGUACGUCUGCAUCCUGCACUGAUUGCCAGUGUGUAUCGGAAAGUAGCCACGUCUGAUGCAGCAACCACGGCCAAUGGUACCUCGUCCGACAAGAGGAUACUUUCUGUGGCAGUUACAGAAGCACAAGCAGCUCUGGCAGACCCUCAACGUCCGGUAGAUGUGAUGCCGUACUUAACGCCGACGUUUGGCUACGUCGUCAAAUGGCUCUCCGAGCUGGGGAAACAAGAAGAACUAAAAGGAUUGCUGGAGUAUGCAGACGAGAUGCUGAAACCCACUUGGGAACAUGGCGGACUGUACUACCCUCGAAACGAUACACCAUUCGACCAAGAUUUGAGGUGGCUGCGCAUGGACCGAUUCACUGGUAACGCUGCCAUCGCUUAUGCAAGGCUCAACAUCGCCGGAGGGCAGAACAAGAUGUGGGAGAAUCCCUGGGGCAGAGAAUAUCACAGAACACAACCGUGGGUGGACGGUAUUGAUCUCGGCAACGUGGCUGUUUUGCGAGGUGUCUGGGAUACACAAACUAAGAGUCUUGUUGUUACAGUGCAGGGUUGGGAUUUUGAGAACGCCCCCCUUAAGGUUACGUUAAGCCCUGUCGCGAUGAACUUACCAGCUGGUAGAUAUGCCUUAUACAUCCGAGGGCUCUUGGCUAGUGAGUUAAAUAUCUGUACUAGCGGAAGCUUUCAGGCAAGAACUGAGGUUAUUAAAAAAGGAGAAGAAGUAGACUUUAUCUUCCAACUACUAAGGGAAGACUAUUAA